CGCCAAGCGAGCGUGAAGGCGCGUAAAAGCCGCAGUCCCCACUGCCGAAGCACUGGGAAGGUACCAAACGACAGCGUAUCCCGCGCGGCGCCGAGGGGCAGCCGGUGCCACCGCAAACAAGAGCGAACGAAGCAGCAACAAACAGCAACAAGUAUGCCCGUCCUAGUCGUAGAACCGGGCAAGCAAAAAACGGCCUUCACGCCGACGCCGACGAAGCGGAAGAUGCGGUCCACGGGCACGCCCUUCGAGGACGCCGCCGUGCGCACGGUAGAAUUGUCCGCGGACGCGUUCCACGAGGACGCGCGCGCGUCGAUGGUCAACUGCAACCGCUACCUGUGUGCGCAGCAGAUGGCCGACAAGAAGAUGCGGGGCGGCAAGCCGGAGGACACGGCGGGCACCAUCGCGCGGCUCUGUGGGGAUGUGAGAAGGUUCGGCGGGGCCGUUUUUGGAGACCAGUGCAUGGUCGUCGAAGGAGAUACACUGUUACAUCUGUUGGUUAGAAAUGAUGCCCACAAGGACACGGUCGAAGCCUGUCUUAGGGGUGGUGCGGAUGUCGGGGCGGUCAAUGCUCGUGGCGAGCAAGUCCUGGGGUUGGCGAGGAAGGCCGCAGCGCGAUCGGGUCAGAGAAGGCACCACGGCCCGGGGGCCUCCGAGGAAGCUCGCGAGAGGAGACUGCACGCCGAGGGCGUGGUGGUGGUCAUCGAGAAGUAUAACGCGAGAAGGAAUACCAGUGGGAGGAAAAGGGCUCGUAGAAGAGCGAGACUGGGACCGGGCGGCGCUCGUUCUCCGCGCUCGCCGUCGUCGUCGCGUGGAAGGCGUAGAAGGUCCGCGUCACCCAUAAGACCGAGAACGGCUCCAGAAGUCAACGCGUCGCGCGAGGUCGACGCCUGGCGCCGCGUCGCAGCUAGAGCGCACACCGCCGCCGACGCGAUUGAAGCGAGAUUUAGAGAUGCCUGGACGCAUGAAGAUGCCGAGAAGGCCGCUAGAACGGCGCAGAACGACGAUGUGGUGGUGGCGGCCGUUCGCGGCGCCGUCGCGGAGGCCUUAACGGCGCGCGGCGAGGACGACGCCGUGCCCGAGCGAGCUACCGCAAGGUUAGAUCGCGACCUCGAACACGUCAAGGCCGAGCGGGACGUCGCGCGGGCGAGAUUCAAUAAAGUGAAGAAAGCGUACGACGAAAUUUGCGAGGAGCGCCGGAAGCGCGAGGAGCAGAUCGAGAGAGACCGGGUCCGACGCAUGAACCGCCAGGCGCCCGAGAACGCGACGACCGAGCGGUUGGUGCGACAGAAACUAGAAAGGGAAAGAAACGACGCGCGGCUCGAACUCAUGGCGUUGCACGCGCAGCUCAAGGGAGCGGCAAGCUACCACAAGCAGCAGCACGAGAAGGCCGCGGACGUCAUCGACAAGCUGCGGAACGAAAACUUGAAGUGGCGCGAGUGGUGCGUGUCCCGUGUCCUUGCGGAGAAUGAGUCGCGUCGAUGGCGUGGAGAGCGAUUGUUUGCGUCCUGGUGGUACUUGUGAACCUCCACGCCAUCGAGCAGGGACACCACACUACCACAGAGCAGCCCCAGCCCCACGCCGUCGAGCAGAGUACUCACACGGUCCGACGCAACGCAGGUACAAGCAAAAGGGCGACUCGCUCGAGCGCUUCGGCCGCCAGAAGGUCCAGAACGAGAUCGACGAGACGCGAGCUCGGCUGCGAGCCGUGUUGGACAAGGCUUCGGCCGUCGAGGCGCGGAAUUUGAGAAGGGAGCAGGAGCUCGACGCGCGCGAGAAGGCGUUGACGUCGACGCUGGCGCCAUCCGAACUAUCGGAUGAACAGCGCUGGGGGCGCACUUUAAGAUCGGAGCUCGCAUCAGCUUCUGACGAGGAUGCACUGAGGAUCACGUCCGAGCUGCUUGCGAAUGACGACGCGUCGCGCGCGGCCGCUUUCCGGACGUCGGCCUCGGACUACCUCAGACUAGUAGAGGAGUCGCGAAAGGAAGAUGAACCUGUCGCGUUCGUCGCUCCGGACGGUGCUCGCUUCGAACCGACGGGCGCCACGCGCGAAGGGAGAGCCGUCUAUGCUGGCUCUUCAGGCACUUUAGCCUACGCGAAUGAACGGUGGACCUGGUCUAGUGUAGAUGGCAAUGUAUUAUGCGCGUCGACGACCGACGCCCUCGUCCCACCUCAAACCGAGUGGGUCAAUAGCGACGGCGACACCGAUGCGAACUGGACUCUACAACAACUAGACUACGAGGACAAACGUAAAGAAUACCCCGCGCCCCUAUCCCUAAGGCUGAUGGAGGUCGACGCGUUGCAAAGAGCCGUGGCUCUAGAAUCGCUGUCCGUCUUGCGCCUCGACGCGCAGUUACAGGAUGGGUCCUGCGACGGCGCCACCAAAAAACAGCUUGAGAAUCAGCGAGAUGUCGUGAAGGCGUCGCGCGACGCCGCCCUACGACGCCUCGCCGACCAGGUCUUCGUCGCGACGUGUUCUGAUAUAGCACCUGAUUUGACGGAAACGUCGAAGCGCUACGACGCCUUAUUUAGAUCCCUCAAAAAUACUGAGGUGGAAACACUCGUGAGUUUGCGGUCCAUCUGUACUAAACUCUCAACCUCAGAUAAAAAGUUAAGGCAACGGCUCUCCACAAACGCCCUGCGCUUCGGCUUCGCUACCUCCAGAACCUCGCAGCAGACCGUGGAUGCUUAUGACGUCCGAUUCGCCUUGGGGUUGCUGAAGGAUGCUACUGAUCAUAAACCAGAUUUUGACGCCGAAUUGAAGCGCAUCGGCGCCGAGAGCGGCGCCACCGUGUUGCUAGCACCGGUCAAGUCGCUAGGCCGGGCCUUCGCCAAGGUCCACGAGAAGUACGGCGGCAGAUAUGAUGGCUUGACCGAUUUAAUAAGGGGUACGUUACAGUGCGACUCGCUUGACGUCGUCGAGAAGUGCGUGCGAGCCUUGGCCCAGUCUCACCGAUUUAAGGUAUCGAGGGUGAAGAAUCGGUUUGAUCCUGCUCACAUUGCUGGAGACGGCUAUCGCGACGUGCUCUGCAAUGUUGAAAUAAAUGAUGGUUGCAUCGCGGAAGUACAAAUCAACCUCGCUUCGAUGGUAGACCUCAAGGAAUCGUCGGGCCACGCGUGCUACGAGGCGUCUCGCAUGAUCCACUUCGCCGACAACAGCAAUCACGUGUCGAGCGCCGCGGGCUGGGCAUCUCGAGCGGCGGCGCGCUGCCCGGCCGACGAAGCGAGACCCCUUUGUUUAGCCGAGCGGGUGUCGACGGGGCAGCUCACUUCACUAAGUCUGAAAGCGGACGCCUCGACGCCAUUUCCCGCUAGAGAUGAGCUUAGAAGGUCGUUAUGUUCGCCGUUCGUCCGGUUACGUGCUUUGCGCAUCGACGGCCUGAACGGGUUUUUGGAGGUUGUCUUGACGCCUGAAUCACUAGUGUCAUUGUCACAGUGUCUGGAAGAGCUAUCGGUGGGCGGCAAGGACCUGGGGCCGAUCCCCGACCUUUCAUCAUUAAAGCGGCUGCGGGCGGUGCGCUUGCGCGGCGCGCGCGGCCCCUUCGACUUGCUCCAGUUCGCGAAUAGUAUGCAAUCGCUGGUCUGCUCGUCGUGCCGAGGGUUUGGCAAGCUCCCCAAGGACCUGGAACGGGUCUUCCCGGCCUUGCAAGCCCUUACAUUAAGACAGUGCCAGCUCGAGGGUGAAUUACCAAGUUAUUUUGGGGACGGGUCGCGGUUCCCGAAGCUCAAACGACUUGAUUUGUCGAGCAACGCGCUGACCGGGUACGUUGAUGCUGCAUUAUUUAGAGGUCCUUCCCUAUCGUCCAUAGACCUCUCGAAGAACGCGUUGAAGGGGGCCGAGCCCACCAUCGCGUCCGUGGUACCGAUCAACGUCUACCUGAACGACCUGAAGACGCACGGCAACGCCUGGGACGAGGACAAGGGAUUCGAGGACGUUGUUGCCGCUUUGACACCGCCACCACAACCGGCCUGCGUGGCGGGCCCCGGCGGCGAUUCGAGGUUAGGAGGCCUCUACCACCAGCGCGGCUCAUUAAACGGAAGGCCGCGGUACUGCGCGGCGUCUGGGGCUUCGAUAGAAUUUAGGGAGAGCGGGCCCGCGCUCGGGCCCCACUGGGCCUGGUGCCUCGCGGACGCUACCGUGGUCGCCACGGCGCGCCCCGACGAGGCGCCGUCCGCCUCGCAGUGGGAGGCGGCCUGCGGCGCCGUGCUGCUCACGGGCGCGGCGCCGCCCCUGGAGUUCUCCGCGCCGUCCUCGCCGGCCAUGUCGCCCCAGGUCAAGGAGUCGCACCCGCCCGUCGACGCGGCGGCGACGACGGCGACGUUCUCUCAGUUCUAAGA